CCAACUCGUGGCCAAAUGCUGUCAAAAAACAUUUUCCAUGUAAUUUUGCUGGCCCUACCGCAAUCACAUUUUCGAGUCAAAAAGAUUAAUAAAUGCAUUAAUUACACAAGCAAAACAUGUACUUAAAUGAAGAUGAAUCUCGUUAAAACUCUUUUCUUUGAAGUCUCUGCUAGCUAAGUGUUUCAACAGCAUUUCAUUGCAUACCCUUUUUCCUUGAGAAAGCUCAUAUCAUAAUAUUUUAUAAUGUCAGAUUCAACAUCUAAACCAGCUGGUCGUACUAUUCUAGCUUCAAAUAUUGCCAAAGGUUUCAUCUCAGAAGUUGAAGAAGGUGUCAAACAAUUGGGGAGAUCUCCAAAACUUGUCGGAUUUUUAGCUAAUGAUGAUCCUGCUGCUCAAAUGUAUGCUGACUGGACUGGUAAAACCUCCAAAUCUCUUGGGUUUGAUUAUGAAUUGAGAGUUGUUAACAAGGAUGAUUUAGAAGAAGCCAUCAUUGACGCCAAUGGAGAUGAUAAAGUUGACGGUAUAAUGGUUUACUUUCCAGUAUUUGGUAACAGACAAGAUCAAUACUUACAACAAGUUGUUUCUUUGGAAAAAGAUGUUGAAGGUUUGAACCAUAAAUAUAUUCAAAACAUGUACCAUAAUGUUAGAUUCCUAGAUGCAGAGGAGAAACAAAAAUCCGUUCUUCCUUGUACCCCAUUAGCUGUUGUCAAAAUUUUGGAAUAUUUGGGUGUAUACAAUAACCUUUUGGCAUAUGGUAAUAGAUUAUAUGGUAAACAAGUUGUUGUUGUUAAUAGAUCAGAAAUUGUUGGUCGUCCUUUAGCUGCAUUAUUGGCCAAUGAUGGUGCUACUGUAUAUUCUGUUGAUUUGGAUGGUAUUCAAAGAUUCACUAGAGGUGAAGGUUUGAAAUUGAGCAGACACCAAGUCGUUGAUGUUGACCUAUCUUUAGAAGAAGUUGCCAAAAAUGCAGAUGUCAUUAUCACUGGUGUUCCAUCUCCAAACUAUAAAUUCCCUAAUGAGUUUGUUAAAGACGGUGCUAUUGCUGUCAACUUUUCAAGUGAAAAGAAUUUUAACCCAGAUGUAAAAGAAAAAGCCAGUCUUUAUGUUCCAAUGAUUGGUAAAGUUACUAUCGCAAUGCUUUUAAGAAACUUGUUGAGAUUGGUUAACAACAAAAA